ACCUAGAUAUUGCCAUGACAGUGGCAAAACACUUGAAUGAAAACUGAUUUUACUACUUGUAGUAAAACUAUGAAGCGAUCUUCCUUGGUCGAUCCUUGUUCAUAUUCGAGAAUAUUUCGUUGUAUUUUCUUUCUGUUAUCAUUUUGUAUCUUCUUCUUGACAACGACCAAUGCUCAGGUCAUGCACAGACGGCUCUGGCCUUGGCCAUUGUGGCCACGACCGUAUCCACAGCCGUGGCCAAUGAAUCCACCAGCACCUGACCCAUCACCAAAGCCUUCCCCACCACCUGGCCCAUCACCAAAACCUGUCGCACCACCAGGCCCAUCUCCAUGCCCAUCACCACCACCAAAGCCUCAACCCAAGCCACCACCAGCACCUAGUCCAUCUCCAUGCCCAUCACCACCACCUAAGCCUCAACCAAAGCCAGCAGCACCACCAGCAUGCCCACCAACACCACCUAAGCCUCAACCAAAGCCAGCGCCACCGCCAGCACCAAAGCCAGCGCCAUGUCCAUCACCACCUAAGCCACCAGUCCCAACUCCAAAGCCUGUGCCACCACAUGGCCCACCUCCAAAACCUGCUCCAGCACCAACGCCUGCCCCCUCGCCAAAACCUGCCCCAUCACCACCUAAGCCAGAGAACAAAACCAUACCAGCCGUGUUUUUCUUUGGGGAUUCCGUCUUCGACACAGGAAAUAACAAUAAUCGAGAAACAAAGAUAAAAAGUAAUUAUCGUCCUUAUGGUAUGGAUUUCAAAUUCGGAGUUGCCACUGGUAGAUUCAGCAAUGGAAUGGUUGCUUCCGAUUAUUUAUCCAAAUACAUGGGAGUAAAAGAAACUGUACCGGCAUAUUUAGACCCAAAGGUACAACCAAACGAUCUUCUUACGGGCGUAUCUUUUGCAUCGGGUGGUGCUGGCUACAAUCCUACGACAUCCGAAGCAGCCGUAAGUUCGAAUCACUUUUAUCAUCAUUUUUAUAUGGAGUAAUUUAUAUUUGCAACCAUAAUCAUCAUUUGAUUUAGUAAUUGAAAAAGUGAGAAGAAAUGAAUAUUUAAAUACCGAAUAACAAAAAAUAAGAUAAAUUAUUCUGAAAAUUAUUCAGAUUGACUCAAAUAUGUAGAUUAAUAAUUAGAUUGACUAAUAGCCAAAGGAGUAGCAAUUGUCGUCGCCGGAAGCAAUGAUCUGAUCAUUACAUAUUUUGGAAGUGGUGCUCAACGACUCAAAAAUGACAUAGACUCUUAUACCACUAUCAUUGCUGAUUCUGCCGCCAGUUUCGUUUUGCAAUUGUAUGGGUAUGGAGCAAGACGUAUUGGAGUGAUCGGAACACCACCACUUGGAUGUGUACCAUCACAAAGAUUAAAGAAAAAGAAAAUAUGCAAUGAAGAGCUUAAUUAUGCUUCUCAGCUUUUCAAUUCCAAGCUCCUUCUUAUUUUGGGUCAAUUGUCAAAAACCCUACCAAAUUCUACACUUGUUUAUAUGGACAUCUACACUAUCUUCAGUCAGAUGCUAGAAACUCCUGGGGCUUAUGGAUUUGAGGAGACAAAGAAACCGUGUUGCAAAACAGGAUUAUUAAGCGGAGGUGCCCUCUGCAAGAAGGCUACAUCGAAAAUCUGUCCCAAUACAUCGUCUUAUUUGUUUUGGGACGGUGUGCAUCCUACGCAAAGAGCUUAUAAAACUAUAAACAAAGUACUUAUUAAAGAAUACCUUCAUGUUUUAUCUAAAUAAUAUUACAUGAUUUAUCUCAUAUGAAAAUAAAAUCUUUUGCUAUGUACUAAUGAUGUAGAAGACAUGGGCCGUUUCUGUGACUAAAAAUGUAGUUAAGCAAACAACAUUUGAGAUAGUAAUGUAAGAUUUUUCGUUUGUGUCAAACUGAAUCCCCAUCGAGUCAUGUUUGUAUUAGUGUAUGAUCAUGUUUGUGGUGUAAUGGCCAAAUAAAUUUAAUCUGUAAUUUCUUAGUUCUUGUUUUUUUUU